AUGACUAGUUUCAAUGUUAAGUCAGAAGAUUCGGAGAAAACUAUAGUAUGUGAUGACAUGUCACCCAGCGAAUGGGAUGCUGAAGAAAUCCUGCGCACUCACUCUUAUCCCGAGUCGCACCAACUAGUUAUUCACAGGGGUGUAAAGGUCACGUUACCCCCCCAGAUUUUAGCGGCAUACACUAUCCACUCUAAAUUAGCAUCAGGUACGUUUGGGAGCGUAUUCUAUGGAGAAGAAAAAUCUACUCGUCGUCCAGUGGCUAUAAAAAUUGUUGAAGCAUCCAUGACAAAAACCAUUUCGUACAAUGGGAUAAAAAUUCCAAAAGAAGCAGCUCUUCUCCAAAAAAUUCCAUCACAUCCGAAUAUUAUUGCGCUUAUCGAGUGGGCAGAAGCAUAUGAAAAACAUUGGAUUCUCGUGUUUGAAUAUCACGGAUUUGGUCGAGAUAGACUAAAAUUUACUUUAAGACAUUAUUUAAGAAACGUUGCAAAAAGUAGAGGAAAACGAGGAUUAACGGAAAAUAAAGUAAAGAAAAUUAUGCGCCAGUUACUGUCGGCAUGUCAUCAUUUGGAGAAACAUGGAAUUUAUCACUGUGAUUUAAAACUAGACAAUAUAGUUGUCGAUACCGAGGGUAAUUUAAAACUAAUCGACUUUGGAUUGGCAGUCGAAGGAGAGAAAGGCCGUGGAAGAAUUGGGUCAAUUUUUCCUCCGGAGAUGUAUGACCACUAUAUUCCAUACGAACUAUCAACAGCACAAAUAUGGGUACUUGGGACUGUGUUUUACCAACUUUUUGAAGCAGCUAAACCAUAUCAUGAAGAGCGGGUAAAAUCUAAGGCAUUAGGUCGAGUUAUGUUUAGCCGGCAUAAUCGACCUUCGAACGAGUGCGUGGAGUUGAUAGAUUGGAUGUUGAAAACAGAGCCUACUCACAGACCACAGUCGGUGAGUAGGGUUAUUGAGCAUUGUUGGUUUAUGUGCGCUUGA